AUGAAGCAGUAAAUAAAUUAACUUGCAGAUAAGCUAUAAAUUUCAACCUCUGAUUCUAUUCUCAUAAUAUGGAAAGUGUUCAUUAACUUUUGCUCAUUUGUCAUAUAUAUAGAAAUUUCAUUAGAAUUAUUUAAUGUAGAAGAAUUUUAAAAAGAUAACAGAGGAGACUUAUUUUUUGUUUGGAGGAUUAUUAUCUUAGUACAUAUUCAAUAUAUUUAAGUCCUUAUUAAUUAUAGAUAUGAUUAUUUCAUUGUUUAUAGAAUAUAUUAGUAACAAUGGCAUCAUCAUCUAGAAGCCUUAUAAGAAAGUUAAAUACUAUUUUAGACACUAUUUUAUAUUUGAUUUAAUUGUGUUAGUUUAUCUAUUUGUUUCAACAUUUUAACCUUUACCAUUUUGGGUAGGAUUUCUAGUAUUUUUUAGAAUUCCAUCCAAUCUUUAUUCUGAUAAGAUAACUGAGGAAUAUCUAAUUCAAUAUUAGUUUUUAUUAUUGGUGUAUCGAAUUUUGAAGUUGCUAAUUACAUUGCUAUACAUAUUUGAUAUUUUUGCUUGUUCAUUUUAUGCAAUGGGUUUAUACUCAAUAUCAAUAGAUGAACCAACUUGGUUAGAGUAUUCAAAUAGUGUAAUUGGUGAUAUUGAUCUGAUGCAUCAUUUAACAUAAUAUAUAAUUAGCUAUUUUUGGGCAGUUGAAACUCUAGUAUCAAUGGGUUAUGGUGAAAUAACUCCUAUGAAUUAAUAUGAAAUUAUAAUAGGAGAUUUAGCAUUAGUAGGAUGUAUGUUUGUUUGUUUGUAUGUCAUAUCAACCAUCCUUUCUUUUUAAUCAGAUAAUUCAUCAUCGCUAGAUGAAAGUAUGCUCUCAAUUAAAUAAUUUAUGAUAGUAAAGAAAAUUUCUAAAAAACUUUAUAAUGAAGUCUCAAUAUUUUUAUCCUAAUUUAGAAUAGAGCAAUCAAAAAGGGAUAUUGAAGAAGAACAGGUAGUCAUUUCAAGAUUACCAAAUUAAUUAAAAUCUAAACUAUAUUACGAAGCUAGUCUUAAAAUUAUAAAAAGAAUAUUGUGGAUUUAUCAUAAUUUCUCUCUUGAUUUCAUUGAAGAUUUAUCUAGUCUUGUUCGUGAAGUUUAUCUAAAUGCUAAUACUCCUAUUUAAGUAAUUGAAGAUGAUGAUGACCCUAAAAUAUUUAUCAUUAAUAAAGGUAAGGUUGCAGUUCUUUUUAAUGGAAUUGAAAUUAGUUCACUUUCAAGAGGUAGUAAUUUCGGCAAUUAUUCUUUCUUUAAAUAAGAAAAAGAAUAAUUUAUCUCCUAUAAAACUAAAUCUAUCGUAAUUUUAUAAUUUAUCAAAUUAACAGACUUUUUAAAGGCAAUAUCUAAUCAUAUUGAAGAUCAUGAAAAAUUCCAUUUUAUUUAAGAUAAAGUGAUUUUUGAACAACAAUAUUCAUUCAUACAAUACGGAUGCUUUAUUUGUACUUCUUCUAAUCAUUUAACUGAGAAUUGCUAAAUUAUCAGUAUUAAAGAUUAAGUUUAUGAAGAAUUUUACAACAAUCCUACUGGAAUUGGUAAACAAAAUAGAAAACUAUUUUUUCGAAGAAACUAAAAGCAUCAUAAAUGGAUUAAAUAGAAGAAUAUUCAUGAAAUUCCACAUUAACCCCCCAUUUCAUUUGAAAUUGAUAAAAGAUUCUAUAGUAAAUUAUUAUUUAAUUGGUAACCUUUCUCAGUUUAUAAACAGUAAAGAAUGAAUAUUUUUUUAAAAGACUUAAUAAAUGAAAGUUUAUAAUAAGAUGAUAUCAUAAUCAUGAAAAAUAAUCAAUAUAAUAGAAAGAAAAAGUCAAGUGUAUUUUCUUCUUCAAAUUAAUAUUUAUUUUAUUGGUAAUUAUUUAUGAUGCUAAUAAAUGCCUUAUUUUUCAUAGCAAUACCUUAAAUAAUAUUUUUUUGGAAUUACUACUAACAGUUUAGUGAUGAAAUAAGCUUCAAAAUAAUUAGAAUAAUAAUAAUUGUAUAAUAUGUUAUAUAUUUAUUAGAUUUUGUUCAUUAGUGAUUUUAUUGUUUAAUUAAAUACAAAUUAUUAUCAUGAAGGCAUUUUAGUUAAAAAUAGAUUCAAAAUAGCAAAAAAUUAUCUGAAAAACGAUUUAGUUUUUGAUUUAAUACCUAUACUAGUUUUGUUUUAUAUUAGUAUAUCGGAUAAAUAUGUAAUUGUUUAUCUACUCUGUUUGGUGAAGCUUAUACCAUUCUAUAGAUUUUAAGUUUACUUAUCUGAUAAAUUAAAAAUAAUGCCAUAAUUGAGAUAGUUCUACAUGAUAUGUGGAAUGCUAAUAGAAAUUCUUUAUAUAAAUCAUUUCUAUGGGUGUAUGUUUUAUGGGGGAAGUGUAUAUAUGUACACUUACCAUCCGAAUUCUAAAGUUUGGGUGAAUGAUCCCACAAUGAAUUUUGGAGUUGUAAUAACUAGAAACACUCCUUCAAAGUAUAUAUUAUAUAAAUAUAAGAUAUUUAUAUUCUACUUAUUGGGCCCUUGAUGCAAUAACAAGAAUUGGUUAUGGUGACAUCUUACCAUUAAAUGAUUUAGAAUUCAUCAUAACCGAUUUAACAGUUAUAACUGCUGUAGCAAUUGUAGCUGUAAAUAUUUCAUUAAUUGAAAAUAUGAGAAAGAACUCUAAAUUGUAAAAUUAUUUUGUGGAUAAUUUGUGGAUUCAAUAAUAUCUUAGAAAGAAAAAUUGUUCUAAAGAUUUAAAGUUUUAGAUCUCUAACUACUUACGUUAUUACCAUCGUAUUGGAUAAGAUAGAAAUAUAGAAAUAGAAUAAAAGUCUCUAAAGUUGCUCCCAAGUAAUUUAAAGUAGCAAUUAAUGUAUGAAGCUUAUGGGAUAAUACUCAAUAAAUAAAUUUGGUUAAGGGACAAUGAUAUUACAUUUGAAUUGUCUAACAAAGUGAAAGAAAUCUAUCUUGGAGAUUAGGAAAAUAUCUUCUUAGAUAAUAUUCCUGAUUAAGGAUAGGCAUUAUAUUAUUUAGAAAGAGGCUAUGUUGAACUUUUCAUCAAUACUCAGUACUCCAAAAGAAAAGAUGUUAUUAUUGCAUUUUUAAAAAGGGACACUUUCUUUGGUCAUUACUCGUUUAUUACAGGAUUACCAAGAAAAUGUACACUUAUUAUAUCUAUUUAUUAGGUUCGGCUCGAACAAUGUAAUUUGCAUCUUUAAUUUACAUUUAAAGAAAGGAUUUUCAUGAUGUUUUGGAAAUGAAUAAGAAUUUCCAUCAUUAAUUCUAAGCUCUUAGAGAUAGUAUAAUUUAUGAAAAUUAAUUUCAGUUAAUUGGAUUAAGAUGCUUUACAUGUCAUGGAAAUGAUCAUUUAUGUAUAGAUUGUCCUUUAACUUCAAUUAAAUAGUAGGUUAAACUCAGAUUUUAUCAUACUAUAAGAGAAAAAAGUUAAUCGGGAAUGAAUUUAAAAAAAUUAUAUUCUUAGAAUAGUAAACAAGAGAGAAGAUUUAAAAAAAGGAAGAAAGAAUACAAAUCAAAAACACGAAGAAAUCAAAAUUUUUAGUUCUUUGUUGAUUAUAUAAUUCCGAGAUCCACAAUUAAUUAUAUAAUAGAUAAAGACUUACAUUUGAUUUGAUUUAUAAUUAUUAUAUUUA